UGGCUGAUAUGCACUGUCGAUCGUUAGACCAUAUUCAGCAAGGUUCAGUAGCGCCAUGUGUCAUUCAGCGACGAUGGUGCCCACAUCCCCGACGUUUCCCUGCGCUCCCAGAGGUGGCCGUGUUUGCAGCCAAGACAGCCAGCGUCUCCCACAAGGCUGUCGCAGCGUCCACGGCUGCCUUGCUUCACCUGCUGGCGUUGCUAUACUUCCACUUUGCAUACCACAGAAUGGUCGAAGCUCUGGACGGCAUUUAGAGCAUCCAAAGGUUCCACGAACCGACAACUUCUGUACAGAUACAAGAGUGUUUCUUAGGUUUGACGACCCUAUGUAGUCUGUGACACACUUGAAAGUGUGACGACUUGUUGCAACACUGAUUUUUCUAUGCCUUACUUACACCUGGUAUUUCGAAAUGCUCUCGUCAUUUUCUGCAAUUCAUUUGUGUCGUUUCGAGUCGGUUUGCCCUGAAAGCCGAUCAAGCGCCACGCGCCGUGGUCUUGUUUCGGAAAUAAAAAGGGGUUCUAGCUUUCA